AUGACAGACACGAAACAAGACACUUGGGAAGACCGAGUUCCAAGGCAAAUAGGGUGGGGACUUCUUCCAAAAGGGAGUGUGUUGUAUGACAGUGACAUUUAUGGUGGUACGUCGAGUGACGAAUUUACAAAGCGAAUUGUAGGUAAGCGGAAUUUGUUUUUCUUCAACUUUGACCAGAAGGGGAAUGUGUUUGGAGCGUAUAUCAAAAGCAUGAUAACAGGUACUGACGUGUGGAUAGAGGAUAGCAACCACUUCAUAAUAUCAAUUGAUUCUACCGAACCGAUAACAUCACAAAAGCAUUGGUUUCCAAAAGGUCGAAAUGCUAAGCAUGCCCUUAUGGUCUACAAAAAUGACCCAAACAAAUUGUAUACUGUUGGUGGAUUUGGGUAUGGCUAUUUCACAAUAUGUAAAACAAAUGUGUGUUUGAGUCAUUGUGUGAAUUUGUCGUGGGAAUAUAAAAACAUGGAGGACACGGACUUGAAUGGGACUAACCAUCCUCAGUACUUCUUGACGAAACGAAUACUAGUUAUUGAAAAUAUAGAACUCAAAUAA